AGGUCCCUGGCACUAGCCAGAUAUUGACACUAUGAGCUUCGUGGCAUACGAGGAGUUAAUCAAGGAGGGUGACACAGCCAUCUUGUCGCUGGGCCAUGGCGCCAUGGUUGCAGUUCGUGUGCAGCGUGGGGCACAGACCCAGACCCGGCAUGGCGUCCUGCGGCACUCAGUUGACCUCAUUGGCCGCCCCUUUGGCUCCAAGGUGACAUGCAGCAGAGGUGGCUGGGUGUAUGUGCUGCACCCCACACCCGAGCUCUGGACGCUGAACCUGCCACACCGCACACAGAUCCUCUACUCCACGGAUAUCGCCUUGCUCACCAUGAUGCUGGAGCUCCGGCCCGGCUCUGUAGUCUGUGAAUCUGGCACUGGCAGUGGUUCCGUCUCCCAUGCCAUCAUCCGCACCAUUGCACCCACAGGCCACCUGUACACGGUGGAGUUCCACCAGCAGCGGGCAGAGAAGGCUCAGGAGGAGUUCCGGGAGCACCACGUAGGCCGCUGGGUGACCGUGCGCACCCAGGAUGUAUGCCGCAGUGGCUUCGGCGUGAGCCACGUGGCCGAUGCCGUCUUCCUGGACAUCCCCUCACCUUGGGAGGCUGUGGGCCAUGCCUGGGAUGCCCUCAAGGUGGAAGGUGGGCGCUUCUGCUCCUUCUCACCAUGCAUCGAGCAAGUGCAGCGCACGUGCCAGGCGUUGGCGGCCAACGGCUUCACAGAGCUCAGCACCCUGGAGGUGCUGCCACAGGUCUACAAUGUGCGUACCGUCAGCCUGCCCUUGCCUGACUUGGGAGCCAGCAGAGGCCCCCCCACUGGCCCUGACGCCAGCUCCUUCCGCAGUGGCACACCCAUGAAGGAGACAGUGGGCCAUACUGGCUACCUGACCUUCGCCACCAAGACCCCAGGCUAGUGCUGCGCCCGGGAGCACGGAGAACUGGGAGCAUCCGGGAGCUAGGAGCACAAUAAGGCCAGGCAGGGAGGCCAGAGGCCUCCUUAUAUGGUCAGCGGACGCCUGCUGGGGCCUGCCUAUAAAACAGAUGAUGGGCGGGGCUUGGGAGCCUCCUGGGUGGCCUGAGUGGGACGGAGGAGCAGUGUCAGGGCCUGGGCCUCGGCCACUCCUGUCCUGGGGAGGGAGGGUGUUGCCCCAUCACUGCCAAGCUCCACGGCCAUCCUGGCUGUUGUUUGUUGCCAACAUGAAGUCUCCACUGCCA